AUUUUUAUGAUUAAUUCAAUUCAUUAUUAAAAUCUUUGUAACUUUUUAAAUUACAAUGGGAAUUAACAGCUCACGUCAUCCCACCAUGCCAUCUACAAAAGCAACAGAAAUUAAAAGCUUAAUUCAAAGCAACAAUGUAGUAAUUUUUUCAAAAACAUACUGUCCAUACUGCAAAAUGGCAAAAGAAGUUUUCGAUAAAAUUGCUGAAAACUACACAGCAGUAGAAUUGGAUCAGCGUCCAGAUGGUGAUGAAAUUCAAGAUAUUUUACUUGAAUUGACAGGCGCUAGAACAGUUCCUCGUGUUUUUGUCAAUGGCGAAUGCCUAGGAGGAGGAAGCGAUGUGAAAGCAUUAUUUGAAUCAGGAAAACUCAAAAGGUACUUUCAAAAAUGAAGCAAAUGUUUACUAAAACUACUCUUUAAUGAAUUUACAUUUAUAUACCAAUACUUCAUAUGAACUGUACAAAUAAGAAUCAUUAUUAUAAUUGUUUACUCCAGCA